GGGAGAACUACGAGUCCCGGCACGGCUUGCGACAAGGGCCGCGCGCAUGCGCGAUGCGCCGCGGAGGUCGCCCUGUUUGUCAACAAGUCGCGGCGCUGAUGGCGGAGCGCUUCCAGAGGCGGACGGGCUUGCCGACCUGACUCGGCGAGAGCUCUGAAUGAUGCAGAAGACAGCCAAGAGAAACAAGCAGUCGCUGACUUGUGGCGAACCGACGCUUCUCCCUCCCGACAAGAAGAGGAGAGGAGCUCCAGCCGACUUUGUGGCGCUCCUGCCUCCCGAAGUCAGCGUGCGGAUCUUCAGCUCCCUCGACCCCCGCAGCCUGUGCAGCGCUGCCAUGACGUGCAGGCGAUGGCGGCUCGCCAUUGACGGCAACGACUGGCUGUGGAAAAACCACUGCUUAACAGUGAGGGCUGUCUGCCAGCGGGAGAUCGAUGGCGACAGGGGAAGUGGAUAUUCGUGGAAGAUCACAUUACUAAGAAACUACUGGAAAAGCAAAGUAAAACAAGAAUGGCUCAGUGGGAAAUACAGUAAUGUUCACUCACAAAACAACUUGCCGGAGAAAAGCAUGUAUCCGAUGGAUGUUGACACAUGGGGAGAAAUCCUGGAAGCAGAACUGGAGAGAUGAGAAACCACCACUGCUGCUUGCAACUCAAGAACCUUACGUCAACACAUGGACUGCCAGCCUGUAAAUAUUUUGCUGUUUCAAUUAGUCAUAUUUGCAAACAUACAAAGAAAGCUUCACAGGGGAAAAAAAAAAAAAUGCAAAUAACUUUUUACUUGCACUUGAUCAGAUUGACUGAUACAAAGAGUGAAAUUCUAAAUAAGACUCAUAGUCUUAUUCAGUAUUCAGUAGUAAUUUCAUAUUUGUAAAUUUAAUCUUCUGUAUUAUAUAAAGAUGUUGAUUGUACUUUCAAUAUGCACUUUUUAAAAAAGUCUUGUAAAAAAUAUGUGUAAGUGUUUGAUUCAAUGUGUAUUGUAUCAGCAGCACGAUGUGGGAGUUCACCAAGAGACACUGGGCAAGGACAAAUGCAGACAUUGCAAAGAAGAGACAGCCACCUGGUGGCUCAAAUGCCAACAUCUGCCCCAAGGGACAGAGCCUGCACAUCUGGAGGUGUUGGUGCUGAGCAGCACUGCGUUUCUGCUGCCCAGCUCUGGGACUUGUGAAUGAGGACUCGCGCAGCAGGGCUGAAGCAGCCACUUCACUAACAGCCUCUCCAUGAUCAGCUACGCACGUCUCAUUUCUAUAGAAGGCAGUGAAACAGGGAGUAAAACACGUUUCAUUUAUUACUUUGGACAAAGUAACUCAGAUACUCUAUGAAAAUAAAGUUACCUCACACAGUUAUACCA